CACAUCUAGGAAAAUAAUAUCUACAUAUCAACCAUCCAGUAAAAGAAAUGGUUCCUCUCAAGUCAAACGAGACCUUAAUGGGAGGAGAAGCAGAGGAGAGGAAGACUUCAGGCCUUCCUGAGAGGAGGACACCCAAGGAAGAAGGAAAAGACAGUGACAGUGAGAAGGAGGAUGCAGAGGGUGGGGUUGAAGAGGGUCGAGGUAUGCGGAUUCCUCUUCAUCGCUGGGUCAUGCACGGGGCUGUGAUGUUUGGCCGUGAGUUCUGCUACGCCAUGGAAACAGCCCUGGUGACACCAGUGCUGCUGCAGAUAGGUCUUCCUGAGCAAUAUUACAGUUUAACAUGGUUCCUUAGUCCGAUCCUGGGUCUCGUCUUCACACCUGUGAUUGGCUCAGCCAGUGACCGCUGUACUUUGCGGUGGGGCAGGAGAAGACCGUUCAUCCUGGCCCUGUGUGUAGGUGUCCUGCUGGGGGUGGCACUGUUUUUAAAUGGAUCAUUAAUAGGUCUUUCCGUUGGUGAUACCCCAAACAGCCAGCCAAUUGGCAUCGUCCUUACUGUAGUUGGUGUAGUGGUCUUGGACUUCUGCGCUGAUGCCUCUGAGGGACCAAUUAGAGCAUACCUUCUUGAUGUUGCUGAUACUGAGGAGCAAGAUAUGGCCCUAAAUAUUCAUGCCUUCUCUGCUGGUCUUGGUGGAGCGGUGGGCUACAUGCUAGGUGGUCUAGACUGGACUGGCACAGCUCUGGGACGUGCAUUUAGGUCACAGGAACAGGUCCUCUUCAUGUUUGCAGGCAUCAUCUUCAUUAUCUCUGUCACACUGCACAUGGUCAGUAUCCCAGAACGGCAUUUUGCCCCAUCCCGCCAGCCCAAAACCACAGGAAGUGGGGAGUUGAACAGCCAGUUGUCUUUCAGGCCGACUGGCCCGACGCCGCCUUUACUUGAUGUGAUUGCAGAGGAGGAUGCCUUCGCUCCAGCUCUGGAAUCAGAUCCCGAGGACGAGGAAAUGGAUUUCCUUACUGUAGAGCGAGUGCGGAGUAAAAGCGAUUCAGUCUUGGCCAUGCCAGACGCUACAAUCGAGUUGGAUUCUGACCUCGACCCAGACUCACAACUCUUCCUGCCUGAGGUGCAUCACUUUCUACCAGGGACACAGGCGGAAGAUGUUUUCAAGCCAUCCGAUAACAGUAAUCCUCCCGAUGGACCACCCGUCCUUACUGAUGGGAUGGCGGUCUUGGAGCCUAGAAGUCCCACCUUAGCUGAGCUUAAGGAUCCAACAGACCAUCUUCCUCCUCUCCCCCAGAUCAGUUCUGACUCAGAGGACUCAUGUCUAAAAACCCAGAUCAAGGUUGCCAAUGGUUACAAUACUGACUUGUCCUCCUCUGAACACUCCAAUGCAAUGAAAGGCCACGCUGCCUCUAGGGUGCCAAACCGGUCCUCCAAUACCUCAGUUCUAUCACGACCACACCCACACACCUUCUACAGACAACCCUCUUUCACUUUCUCCUACUAUGGACGAGUGGGUUCCCAGCGCUAUCGACUGCGACGAACAGUGCCUUCAACCCCUCAGCGAAUCACCACCUCCCGCAGUCUGAAUGAUCUGAGUGACCUCCAGCGCUGUGCAGACAAGCGGGAGUUCCAUCUGUCAGUUAGCAGUCUGUCAUCUGAGGGCUCUGCCAGUGAGGUGGGAGCAGAAAGGGGGACGACUGUGCGUCUGCUCUGGUUGUCCAUGUUUAAGAUGCCGAAACAGCUGUGGAGAUUGUGCAUAUGUCAUCUUGUCACAUGGUUCUCCAUUAUAGCUGAAGCUGUGUUUUAUACUGAUUUCAUGGGACAGGUGAUCUACAAUGGAGAGCCCACGGCACCAGCCAAUUCCACAAAGCUACAAGAUUAUAACAGAGGAGUACAGAUGGGCUGCUGGGGGCUGGUGGUGUACGCUGCUACUGCUGCUAUCUGCUCUGCUAUCCUUCAGAAGUCCCUGGAUAAUUUUGACCUGAGCAUUAAGGUCAUCUACAUUGUUGGAACUCUGAGCUUCUCGAUAGGAACUGCUGUGAUGGCUAUCUUCCCUAAUGUGUAUGUUGCCAUGGUGAUGAUCAGCAGCAUGGGUAUCAUCUCCAUGAGUAUCUCCUACUGUCCCUAUGCAUUACUUGGGCAGUACCAUGAAAUCAAAGAGUACAUUCACCAUAGUCCAGCAAACACUCGAAGAGGUUUCGGUAUUGACUGUGCUAUCUUAUCCUGCCAGGUCUACAUCAGCCAGAUUCUGGUUGCAUCAGCCCUUGGAGCUGUCAUAGAAGCAGUUGACAGUGUGCGUGUCAUCCCUGUAGUGGCCUCUGGUGGCUCCUUCCUUGGCUUCCUUAGUGCCUGUUUCCUCGUUAUUUAUCCUGAUGUGGAGCCCAACAGCUCAGCGACAGACCAAGGCUUUGCGGGUUUGCCUGUAGAGUCAGAUGCAAAUGGAGAAAGGACCAGUCAGAGUCUGGCUCUGCUGGACCUCGCAGACAGAGAUAGUGUGAAGAAGAUAGAGAAGCACUCUGUUGCCUAAGCAUUAAUACGAUACAAGGUUUUAUGUUUAUCCUCACCAAGCAUAUUACAGAGCAUUUGGAUUUGGUUUACUCAUUUGACAGUCUGUCUUGCUGAAGGAGGAGAGACAAAGAAAGAUUUUAAACGUGGCAUAAAAUUGAUGCGUUAUCUACAGAAAAACGUGUGGGAUGGAUUUGGACAGAUUAUCUUCUUGGAAGACUGAUAGGGAGAAUAAAUCUCAUUUUUGGGGGGUACUCUGCUUAUCCUGUUGCUACCUCAAACCCAAACCCAAAUAAAUAUUUGGAUGGUUAGAUGGAUAGAAUAAAAUUUGAGAUGGGUGUGAGCCAUUGAAACACAAUGAGCCAGCUGAAAGUGAUUUGGUCAGGCUUUUGGAACUUACUUCAUAGCACUGAAACAAAAGCUUUUAUUACAAAAUCAUUAAUGGGAAGCACACAUAGCGCUUUCUGCGUUACUUCUCAACAGCCUUGUCACACCGAUGCUGCAGAAUGACAUAAUAACUGACGUGAAAUGCAGCUGUGGUGGGUUAGUGACAUUUUCCUUCACAAAAGCUGCUCCAUAACUGCUUAGUCGACAAUCAUAAUGCUGUUAAAGUGUCACUUUGUGUACCCCUGCAUUACUUGUGGGCUGAUCACAGAUGUAAACUU